AUGGGUAUGGACUUAGCUGAUAAGGAGAACACAAGCCCGCCUUUAUUAGAGUUCUGCAACUGCUACAAAGUUGCAAACCUUACAGAAACCAUUCUAAACCCUGUGAACGUUUCCAACUUAAAAGACCGCUAUGUGCUUGGGGAACAGUUAGGCUGGGGUCAGUUUGGUGUGAUAAGAGUAUGUUCUGAUAAGUUAACAGGAGAGAGGCUUGCUUGCAAGUCUAUAUCUAAAGAUAGGCUGGUUACACAAGACGACAUGAAGAGUAUCAAGCUCGAGAUUGCGAUCAUGGCCAAGCUAGCUGGCCACCCGAACGUGGUUGAUCUCAAAGCGGUUUACGAGGAGAAGGACUAUGUGCAUCUUGUGAUGGAGCUAUGCGCGGGAGGGGAGCUUUUCCACAAGCUUGAGAAGUAUGGAAAGUAUUCGGAGGUCCGUGCGAGGGUGCUGUUUAAGCAUUUGAUGCAAGUGGUCAAGUUUUGUCAUGAUAAUGGUAUUGUCCAUAGAGAUUUGAAACCUGAGAACAUUCUCAUGGCUACAAUGUCUUCUUCGUCUCCUAUCAAGUUGGCUGAUUUUGGUCUUGCAACCUAUAUAAAGCCUGGAGAGAAGUUGAGCGGGACAGUUGGUAGUCCGUUUUAUAUAGCCCCGGAAGUGUUGUCAGGGGGGUAUAACGAAGCUGCUGAUGUAUGGAGUGCAGGGGUUAUUUUGUACAUACUUCUCAGUGGAGUGCCUCCCUUUUGGGGAAAGACUAAGUCAAAGAUUUUUGAUGCUGUCAGGGCUGCAGAUUUGAGGUUUUCUGCAGAGCCAUGGGACCAUAUAACUUCAUACGCCAAGGAUUUGAUCCGCGGGAUGCUUUGUGUUGAUCCAUCCCAAAGGUUAUCAGCUGAUGAUGUUCUAGCUCACUCUUGGAUGGAGGAGUUAUCUGAAUCAGGUCAAGAACAGUAUGAACAAGAUGGGUUUGGAUGUGAAGGAUUGGAGAGUGGUGGAUGUUCUUUCUCCACACAAUGUGUUUCUAGGGAGCAAGACUACAGCUUUAGCAUGGGGCAGUUAGAGAAAUCAACAGAAAACGAGUGUAAAUCAUCGUUCUCGUCUUUCUUACCUGCGGAUAACAACACAAUGCCAAGUUCUGGUUUUGGUGGGUUUUCUUUUGAUGAGGAACAACCAGAAUCAACCUCGGCUGGCUUCUCAGCAACUGGAGUUCCAUCAAUGCCAAGCUUUACCUUCUUUAGUCCAAAUCCAGGAACAACACAGAGAAACGACAUUCAUGAAAAUGAUGGGAAACUUCGAGACUCAAGUCCAAAGAGGUUACUGCAUUCACUGGAUUCUUCUUCACUAUUUGAGAGGCGUGAGGAAGCAGGUGCGAGUCAGACAGAAGCAGUGGGGAAGUCGGAGACAAGAAGGGAAAGAGGGAACUGGUCAAGGAUAUCAGGUCUGCACAGCAAAAGAAACCGGACCAUAGGACUAGGCGAGCUAGACCAGUUGGUGGUGGAUGUUGCAGUCACUGAGUCGAUAAUCAGAUGGGCGUCUUGCACUCAUAUUCCCACAGCUCCAUCCCUCAGAUUGUCGCUCGUGUGCUAG